GGAAGCAUGUGGAGCAUGUGCAGCCGCGGUGUGAAAAUGAUCGCAAUGCCGCGAGCAUGACUGGAGUUCAGUGAGCUCGAUAUUUUUCAUUCAGCCAGGGCGCUUUACCACAUAUGGGCGGAACGCUCUCCACUAGGGGAUGAAACCCUGCACGCCUAUUGGUCGAAAUCGCCUAUGAUUGGCGUGUGGAAGCCCCGCCCCUCCCAGUCAUGGUUAUUGGCACUUUAACGAAUCCUUGCCACUGCCUCGGUGUCCGUGCGCGUUGACAGACCGAUGAGACUGUUUCAAAUAGCCUGUCGCUUAAUUUUCAGGGUCUUUGGCCCGGCAUGUUUUUUAAUGUCACUUGGCCUGUGCUAAUUAGCUCCUGAAGCGGACUAUACAGACUUAAGGAAUGCUAGAUUAAGUGCUGUUGCAAAUGCACUUCUGGUGAACUUCUCUCUCUCUCACCGCGCAAAACAUCUCGGACAAUCUGUCUCCUCGGUUUGCAACCAUGGCUGAGAAACGACGGUCCCCGUGUACGAUGAGCCUCAAGGCGCACGCAUUCUCGGUGGAAGCGCUCAUUGGCACGGAGAAAAGAAGAAAGUUGGAGGACGACAACGAAAACUGUUUUGAAGAUGAAAACGAAGUGUUGAACCUGACAGAAAGUACGCAAGCCGGUGUUGGGAGAACUUGCUCCAGGAGUUGCGAGAUAGAUUGCCCAAGCGACGAAUCCCCGGAGUCUGAAGACGUCUUGCUGGAUAGCCCACAGCCCGCAUCGCAGGGCUCACAGGUCCACGGGCAAUCAAGCACGAGCUUCGGGGAAGAGAUGCGCGUGGACCUGCAGGGCUCCGACUUAUGGAAGCGAUUCCACGAGAUCGGAACAGAAAUGAUCAUCACCAAAGCCGGCAGGCGGAUGUUUCCAGCAAUGCGGGUUAAGAUUACGGGACUAGAUCCUCAUCAACAGUAUUACAUCGCUAUGGAUAUUGUUCCCGUUGACAACAAACGGUAUAGGUACGUCUACCACAGUUCAAAGUGGAUGGUUGCGGGAAACGCCGACUCUCCCGUGCCACCGCGGGUCUACAUUCAUCCUGAUUCCCCAGCUUCCGGUGAGACCUGGAUGCGCCAGGUUAUCAGCUUUGACAAGCUCAAACUGACCAAUAACGAGCUGGACGACCAAGGCCAUAUCAUUCUGCACUCCAUGCACAAGUACCAGCCCCGCGUCCACGUCAUCCGUAAGGAGUGCGGUGAAGAACUCUCGCCCGUUAAGGCGGUUCCCACCGGGGAUGGUGUCAAAUCGUUCUCUUUUCCUGAAACUGUCUUCACGACUGUGACCGCUUACCAAAAUCAACAGAUAACAAGACUGAAAAUUGACAGGAAUCCGUUUGCAAAAGGCUUCAGAGACUCAGGAAGAAACAGUGUUAUGUGGUGUUGCAGGAUGGGACUAGAGGCUCUGGUUGAGUCAUACGCAUUUUGGAGGCCCUCACUGAGGACUCUGACAUUUGAGGACAUUCCUGGAAUCACCAAACAAGGUGCAGCUGGAGUGGUCGGGUCCUCAGCGCACACACAUCUGCUGUCCUCAUCCUCAUGCUCUUCCCCUACAUUCCACCUUGGUUCCGGGGCGGGGCCGGUGUGCGAUUACUCCGCCUGCAGUAGAACAAGCCACCCACUUCAUCGCUACGCCACGCCUCUUUCCGCAGAAACCUACAGUCGAUUGGCUAAUCCUGCAGCAGACGCGUUUUCCUCUACAAGAAGCUCUACUUAUGUGAGCGGUCCUGAAAGCGAGGCUUUCUCGUGCACGCAAUCCGGCCUGCCGAUCCAGAUCCACAGCAUGCCGAGCACAACCUCCCAGCUGCAAUACCUAAUGCCCAGCCAUACUCAUAACGCGUUUUCCACCAAUCAGAGCACACAAGGAUCUUAUAAUGGGUUCCGCCUGCACAGUCCAUAUGGUCUCUAUGGUUACAACUUCUCCACUUCUCCCCGAUUGGCCACCAGCCCUGAAAAGGCAGCUGCCACACAAAGUUCAUUCCUUGGCUCCUCCCCAAGCGGGACAUUGACGGACAGGCAAGUUUUAUCCACGGUGGAUGGUCUGCACAUGCUCAGUAGUAGCCAACAGAACCUUUUUGACUCACGGACUUUGGGGUUGACAAGCCCCGCAUCCCAGGUAACGGCGCAUAUGGCUUGAACUGUGACCCCUUGCUAGAUUUUUUUUUUUUUUAGUUUGUUAAAGGAGAAGUUCGGUAUUUUACACUUAAAGCCCUGUUUUCAGAUUGUUUAUGAUGAAAUAGAACGGGUUUGACUGAAAUUUGGACAUUUGAUGCUGGCCGAGAAUUUUCGGGUGUUUGUUGUAUCACCC